AUGUUGACUCGAAGUAACAUCUUUGGAAUUCCUGCCUUCAUGGAGCCACAGGUUUUUAUUGAUCCUCGCUAUAAGGAGAACCAAAGCAUGAUUUCUUUGAAAAUACUCGAAAAUGUACGAGAGAGACCAAUUUCUGGAACCCCUUUGUCUUUUAUUCAGAUCUACUCCCGAUGCUGGAAUACAACACCUUCAAAUCGCCCGACCGCGAUUCAAGUUCUUCUGCAAUUGCAUUCUUUGUCCCUGGAGCCCACUUACAACGGGUCCAUUGGAUCCGAUCAUUGGACGGUCAAUCUUGCCAGCCAUUCAAGUAGCGACCGAGAAAUUGAUUCGGAUAAUGUAUCAUUCGUGACUUCGAAUGACUCAAAAGAAGCAAUUAACAAUAGUAGUGAUAAUAAGAAUGACUCUUUUCCCAAUCGACAAACAUUUUCGCAAAUACCUUGCCACGACCAAAACAAUCACUAUCCGUCACCAUCAUCACCAAUUUCUCAACAAGAAAAAGAUCAUAAUAUACCAUUUAUGCCCAAUAAUUCAUUCAACAAUAGCCCACAAAAUUUGCCAUAUUCGCAAUGGAACCAUCCUCCUCAAAAUUGGUCAAACCAGAAUCAACGCUCGUUUCAUAGCAGAUCCCUCACCUCACCUAACUUGCCCGUAAAUCCUCUAGAUCUUCCAGAAAGUUCAUACGGUUUUACCAAAAAUCCACUUCCUUCUCUUAAUAGGGUUACUAAAUUUCCGCAAAAAAGCCCCGCACAUCCCUCGGAAACCUUGAAACAGGAUUAUCAACUUCUAUCAUCACAACAAGGUUACCCACCUCCACAAAAUCGAUUUCGAGCUUCUACUUUACCCUUACCUCAUUCAAAUGUACGCCGUGUAGUUAGGAGGUCUCACAAGAGCGUUGACUAUUCCGGAAUGAUACCAUGUUCUGAGCUCUGCGAGAACUAUAUCAAGGAUAAUCAAGAUAGCUCAAAUUUCGUUGGGUCCGAACAAUGUGAUGCGGGAAUACAUGUUGGGAUCGGUGAUGUGAUAGGAUUACAAUUUCAUCUGGAUUCAGGAGGGUCGGCGAGACGCAACUACGAUUACAAUUACACUUCGGAACCCUUGAUACACAUAGCAUCAGCUUACUGUGAAGGGAAAGUAUUAAUAAAGAUGCUAGAAACCCUAAAGGCCUAUGAGGCGGAUUUCAAAGCAACAAACAAAGAUCAGAAAACCGCCCUUCAUCGUUUAUUUAAUAACAUCGAGUUAAAAAUGGCAACGGAUAAAGAUAAAGUUAUUGAUAAUGUGAAGUAUACAAUAGAGACGAUAGAAAUGCUAUGCAAGAAUGCUUGUCCAAUCAACGCGCUUGACAAGCAUGGUAGGACGGUGCUUUCCUAUUAUUUGGCCGCCAACCCAGAAGGCAAACAGCCUGUAAUCCAAGCUCUACUGGAGCUGGGUGCAAAUCCAAACUUACCGUGCACUGUAAAGACAAUUUAUCAAACAUUCCACGCUCCCACUGCGUUGUUCCUGGUUAUACACUAUAAUUGGCCGAUAGAAGCCAUUAAAUUGUUGUUGGAGAAGGGCGCGGACGCACGGAUAUGGGACGAAGAAAAGAACAUUAAUAUAUUGUGUUUAGCGACGAAAGAAAGAAAGCCGGAGGUGAUGAAAUGGUUGUUGGAACACGUUUAUUGUUUGUCAGAACUUCGGAGCAUAAAGAUGGCCAGGCAAUCGAAGAUAUUGUUAGCGUGGCAAGCUGAUAUUGGUGGGUCGAAAAGAAAAUUGGCGAGGAUAAAUAAUUUGGAGAAUUAUUCUUCGUCACCCGAAAUUUCGUUUUCCCGACGUGGAAACGGAAGAACCGCAACCAAUUAG